AUGACCCUUCUGUGCCUGCUACUGCUGCUGACAUCCGCCGCUGCAGCUCAAAUGACCAACUUUGCUGAUGUUGCCUGUGGAAGAGCACCUAGAUUAGGAAGAAUUGUCGGUGGAAAAGAUGCUGCCAAUGGUGAGUUCCCAUGGAUAGUAUCAAUAACAAGGAGAGGAGGGCACUUUUGCGGUGGUACAGUCCUCAACAAUAGAUGGGUACUCACUGCUGCUCACUGCCUUUGCAGUGGUGGAUUAGUGUUGGGCACUGGCGAUCUUCGAAUUUUAGUUGGAGGCCAUGAUCUCAGGCUGCCACCAGCAAAAUAUGUUGGAGUCAGGAAUGUACUACUGCAUCCUAGCUAUUCCUGUUCUAAAUAUUUGAAUGACAUAGCUUUGUUGGAAUUGGACGAGGAAUUAUCAUGGUCGGAUGCAGUAAGACCAGCCUGCCUGCCAACGAAUUAUCAAGGAUCAUUUUCUGAUUCUGUAGCUGUUGUUGCAGGCUGGGGUUGGACAUCAGAGCAAACCAGUGCCAGUGCGGGAGGAAGAACUAACAUAUUACAAAAAGUAGAGUUGACAGUACUCGGAAAUGAUAGAUGCCGUGCCUGGUACAAAUCAAUGGGAAAGAAGGUUAAAAUCCAUGAUUCUCAAAUGUGUGCUGGAUUUGAACAAGGAGGAAAGGAUUCAUGCUGGGCUGACAGUGGCGGUCCUUUGAUGGUCGGAGAAGGACAAAAUACGAUGGUUAUCGGUAUUGUUUCUACUGGAAUCGGCUGUGCUAGACCAAAAUUACCAGGUCUGUAUACAAGGAUAUCUGAUUAUGUUUCAUGGAUAGACCAGACUUUAAGAAGAUAAAAACAGAUUUCCAAGAUAUUCAAAUGGCAAUGGUUAUGUGCAGAGUUUGCAUCUUACUAAAGUCAAAACAAUAUAACAGUUAUUUUAAAAUAUUUGUUUUUCAAAAAUUACUAAACAUUAUAUAC